AUUUAUCUUAUUUUUUUCUAAUUUGGAUUCAUAUGUCGACCACCGGAAUUGAAGAAUAUACGUACAUACAUAUAUUAUUAGCUAGCUUGUACAAAUAAUUAAAUAAUGAAGAGAAAGCUAAAUAAAGCCAUAUGCAUGAUGACAUGAUGUGGUUGCGAUCCAAGUCAGAGCCACCGUGGGCAACAAUGCAGGCAUAACUGACUGCCUGACUGACGGCAAUGCCAUCGAUGAUCUCCACCGCACGAUGCGAUGCGAGUAUAGUAUCUCCAUUAACGAUAAGAAGAAGCCAGCCAGUUACUGCCUCGCCCACAUGUAGCCUGCUGUGUCAAUCCUAAUGCCUGCUCAGCUGCCAAUAUAUAUACCCAUCGAGCUGGGCUAGCUGCUCAUGGAGCAUAGCAUAGCAUAGCAUGCUAGUAUAAAUAGAGAGAGAGAGAUUAGAGAGAGAGAGAUAGUACCCCGGCCGGCCGCAAGACAAGAAUCAAGAUCCACGCUAGAUCGAUUAAUCAGAUUAACGUAACUGAUCAUGGCUCCCGGAGACGAAGCCGCCGCCUCCACCGCGGGCGCCGUCUCCCUCAACAACAACGAGAAACCCCGCCGCCGCCGCCCCGCCGCCUCCGGCAAGGAGGAGAACCACCCCCCCGGCCCGUGGGCGAUGCUGACGCGCUUCCACGCCGGCUACUUCCGCAUCAGCCUGGCCCUCAGCGGGCAGGCCCUGCUCUGGCGCACGCUCACCUGCAGCGAUGUCGACGACGCCAACUCCACCACGGCGGCGGCGCUGCGGCCCCUUCCCCUGGUUCCCUCCGCCGCCUUCCUGCUGCUCUGGUCGCUGGCGCUGCUCGCCCUCCUCGCCCUCGCCGCCCUCUACGCCGCCCGCUGCCUGCUCCGCUUCCACGCCGUGCGCGCCGAGUUCCGGCACCACGUCGCCAUGAACUACCUCUUCGCCCCCUGGAUCUCCUGCCUCCUGCUCCUGCAGUCGGCGCCCUUCCUGCGCCCGGACGCGCCGCCCUACCACCUGCUCUGGUGGGCCUUCUCGCUGCCCAUCCUGGCGCUGGACGUCAAGAUCUACGGGCAGUGGUUCACCCAGGGCAGCAGGUUCCUCUCCAUGGUGGCCAACCCGGCCAGCCACAUCAGCGUCAUCGGCAACCUCGUCACGGCCAGGGCGGCCGCCAAGAUGGGCUGGCACGAGGGCGCCGUCGCCAUCUUCGCUGUCGGCGCCGCGCACUACCUGGUGCUCUUCGUCACGCUCUACCAGAGGUUCCUCGGCUCCGACUCGCUGCCGGCCAUGCUUCGCCCGGUCUUGUUCCUCUUCUUCGCGGCGCCGAGCAUGGCGUCGCUCGCAUGGGACGCCAUAUCCUCCUCCUUCGGUACCGGCUGCAAGAUGCUCUUCUUCCUCUCCCUAUUCCUCUUCGCGUCCCUGGUUUCCCGUCCGGCGUUGUUCAAGCGCGCGAUGCGGCGGUUCAGCGUGGCGUGGUGGGCCUACUCCUUCCCUCUGAGCGUGCUGGCGCUGGCGUCCGCCGAGUACGCGCAGGAGGUGCGGCAGGCGGCGGCCAACGGACUCAUGCUGGCGCUCGCCGUGCUGUCCGUGGCCGUCACCCUCGCGCUCAUGCUCUUCACCACCCUGCGCACCGCUGACCUGCUGCCGCACGACGACCCCUUCGACCACGCCCGCCCGCAGCUACCUACGUAAUUAAUAUCAAUCUAUCUCCCUCUAUGUGUGUGUGUGUGUGUGUGUGUCAAGCUCUGGCUGAACACUAAUACCUUGUCGCACAACUCAGUACUUUUUGACAAGAUAUCAAGGAGCAAAAUCAUUUUGCCACUGUAAUCUGCCUCCAUAUAAGUUCCUCCCACCGGUUACUUUCCUACAAUAAAAAUUAAUUAAAAGGUAAUACAAAAGGUGUAAUCAGAGCUAA